UCGGCCUCUUUUUCCUCGGACAGUCCGCGGGACACUGCGGACUUGGUUGCGGCUCGCCGCGUAAUUUCUUGAUUUAGAGCCUACUUCGGCCGCUGUCCCAUCGAUAUGAGCAGUUCGCCGGUCUGCUGCUCCCCUGAACUGUUGCUUUUUGGUCGCACCGGCAACCGACGGCCUCGAACUCUGGCGCCCUGAACGGAACGAAGCACCCAUUGAACCAUCGAUCCGAAGCCAUGGCUUCCCACUCCCCAGAGUACUCGGACGACGAGUUCGACUUUGACGAGGAAUACUUCUCUCGCACGUAUCAGCCGCUCUCGAAUCUGCCAACCCCGCCGCCCUCGUCGCGAGAAUCGUUGGCCGACCAGAGCCCGCAUGCCCUUCUGGAAGAUGGAGGGCUGCUAGACUCGGCCCUGCUGGGCCCAGCUAUCCACCUGGUCAAUCUCGUCCCUCCUGCGGCAUCUCUCGCAGUGCCGUCUGUUCCGCUUGUCCACGAGAUGCUCGUCCGCUCGAAUCUCUCCAUGGACGCCAUUGCCUUGGCCGUGUGCAUCUUGGACUCGCUGAACUCCAAGUUCUCGCUAAACUGGCGGCUGCUCUGCCCUCUGGCGCAGCACGAGCCCGUAAACGAGAUCACCAAGCGGCACACGAUCCAAGCCAGGCCCGCGGGCACCACCCAGCUUCACAUCGACUCGGUCAACCCGGAGGUGAUCAUCCUCGCUGCGCUCAUCAUCGCCUCCAAGUUCCUGGCGGACUGCCAGGAGCCGACCAACUACUACCGGUCGGCGUGGGGGCAGAAUAUGUGGACAUGCGACCAGAUCAACGUGACGGAGAGGUGCAUCAUGGAGAGCCUGGGCUAUCGGAUUCUGCCGCUGUGGGAUCCGGUGCUGAUCGCCGACGCCGUCAACGACAUGCAACGUGCGGCAAAGCAGGCGGCACGCCGGCCGCAGCCCAGAAGUGGGGAGGCGCACAAGCGGUCCGCGAGCUCGGCCGUGGUGCUCUCGGGUCCCUGUCUCCCCUUGACGCCGGCAGAAACGCCUGUGUUGGAGGACGGCCCGACGCUUACCCCUGUGCGUGAAGCUGCGGGGGCUGGAUUCGGCGGCGAAGGUCUUGUCCCGGUCGAUGCCUCGAUGCUGGACUCGCAACAAUGCGCGAAGCGGAAGACGAUCCCUGCAGCCGAUUGAGAAGAUUGGCUGUCUCGGAUGGGCAUGGAGCAAUGACAUCGCUUUCCGCGAAUUCGGAACACACCUUUGGGUUUACGGGCGAGCUUGGAAGGGAUUGGGCGGCAUCGCCAGACAAAAGGGGCAGGGAAUGGGAAUCAAGAACAGCAUGGGAUACGAACACGAAUAUGGCAACCGGCCCUACGGCUUUUGGCUCGGCGCACUGGGGUUAUUUCUCGGCAGCAACA